UUGCAUCUGCGUGCACCCUCUGUCUGACGCCUCGGCCUCGCACACAUCCACAACCCACCUGCUCCUCUCCCUUGACCCGCCGCCUCCCCUUCCCCCUCCGGUGGCCAUUGCGGCCGUGCGGACUGGUCCGCUCUAGGGCUCACGUCCGUUUGGGCCGGCCGGUUCAUUCGACGGCAGAGGCGCGCGCAAGAAGCAGAGGUGGGCGGAGCGGAGCGGAGUGGAGGGGAGAGAUCAGUUGCCACGAGCUUUCUUGGAACGAUUGAUUUCUUCUGCUGUCGAGGCUCGCGGCAGCCAUGUCUUUGGAGCUCAUCCUGUGGCUCUUCUCCUUCGCCUCCGUCAUGGUCCUCAUCGGCCUCACCGCGUACCAGCUUAUCUGUUUGUCUGAUUUGGAGUAUGACUAUGUCAACCCAUAUGAUUCGUCAUCUCGCAUCAAUGCAGUGGUCAUUAUAGAAUACUCACUCCAAGGGGCCCUGUGUGCUUCUUUCCUCUUGACACUGCAUUGGUUCCCAUUUCUAGUCAUGGCACCUGUAACAUAUUACCAUGUGAAACUGUAUAUGGCUCAGAAGCAUCUUGUAGAUGUUACUGAAAUUUUCAGACAACUAAAUGGCGAGAAGAAGUACAGGAUGAUCAAGCUUGCCUUCUACUUCUGCCUAUUUAUUAUAACUAUUUACAGCCUUGUGAUGACAGCCGUGAUGUUGUUUAUUGAUGAGGAUACAAAUCUGGUUGAAACUAGGACUAUCUAGACUUUGCUGCCAACUUGUCACGGGUGGUCAGUCCUUGAACAGCAGGCUCAAUAGAGCACUCUCAGGAGGAACUUGUGCAACCAGAAUGGAGUGCAUUACCCAGCCUUAGGAGAAAGAUCAAUUUGUGCCCUAGCUGGAGGAGCUAAUCUGUUGUCUCAGGUGUUUUUAUCCAUCAAACAGAACUGACAAAUCUGAUGUACUAUGAUUUUGACUAGUUUGGGUAUGUCAAGACCCUCUGUGUAAAUUAGGCUGGCAAUGAUGCAUUGCCAGACAAUGAUCGCGUGUUUUAGAGACAAUUGCGCACUUUAUUUGACCUUGUAUCAAAAUGCUGUUGUUGUAUUCAUUUCAGCUCCGCUUUGCCUGUGUAAGACUGAGAACGUAGUAUUCAUUCACCAUAAUUGUCCUCCUUGGGAGCUAGAUACCAAGAUGAAUUAAAGAUUAUCCUGAUGGGCA